UCUUCGUCUUCUUCUUCUACUGCCAGAUCCUCUGUAAUUCCCCUGUUUCUGAAGAAACCCUCAAAUCCCAGAAGCUUCAAACAUCGAUCAGUGUUCAAUUGGCGGUGGUGGAUGGCAAAAACCAACAAAUACACCUCCAUCAAUUUCAAUCACAUCUACGACAAGAAUCUCUCCUCCAAUUCCAAAACUGGCACUAAUCCCUCCAAGAACCCCUCUUCUUCUUCUUCUUUAGCUAGCAAGUCCCAUGGCCGCAUGCUCGUCCUGACCCGUCCUACCCCCAAACCCAUCACCUUGCCUCCGGUUCUUCCCCCCCAGCCGCAAUCUCGACCCUCAUCUGCCGAUCAUCGUGAGCUUCCGGAUCGACCCCGUUCGCAAUCUGGUUCUGGUUCUGAUUCCAUCUCUCUUCGCCCUCUCGGGCGGACUGGUACAGGCGCGAUCGCUCCGUCUCCGAUUCCGAGCUUGGAGAAGGAGAAGGAGAUUCCUCCUCCUCCGGCGGUGGCGUUGCAUAAACCGGAGAAAUUUGUGCCGCCACAUCUUAGGGCGGGUUUCGUUGGGAAGGAGGAGAGACCUGUGAACGUUGGGAUCCGACCUAGAGAGGUGAAUCAGAGGCAGUAUGGGAAUUACGGGUCUCCAAAUCGGUAUGCUGAAGAUGGGAGGCCGAAAUCCGGUGGUGGGUAUGAAAGGAUGAGAGGGGCGGGUGAGGCACGUCUGGGGACGGUGGUGAAUCGGCCACGUUCCAGUGGGAAUCGCCCGAGUUCUAGCUGAUGAUUCAUUCUGAAGUUGGGUACUUUUCCAAGGAUGAAGAUGUAUUAGAUUUGAAGCAGAAGCACUGCUACUGAUGAGCACCCAUACAUCUUGUAUCCUUUUGGAAUUUAAAGUUCAGAUUGCCAUACCCCAACAAACUGAAGUUUCUCAGCAUCCAAUCCCUUUAUUGAUUGGUAGUUUGGCUUCACCCUCCUCUUCUGCAUUUUCGUAAGGGGCGAAAGGUCGUUUCAGAAUGCAGAACUGACCAGUGUUACGUGUUGUCGUUGUCGUUGACUGCUUUUAGAGACUUAGCGUCGUCUUGUCCCGUGUUGUUCCUUUUUCAUCUCUCAGUUUGUAAAAUGAAAGAUUCUUAUUGUGUAAGGAUGUUAGGGUUGUUUCAGUUUGUUAUGGUCUUAUCAGUAUAUUUCAUUGUUGAAUCCUCUCUGGGGAAGGUGAAUGAAAUGGUCAUUCUAAUGCAAUAUAAUGUGCUGACCAUAAUAUAUGUUCAGUUACUUAUAUAAUA